UAAAUUUCAAAAAAACUUCAAUUUAUUUAUUUGCUUUCAAAGAAGAGCUAAAAUCUUUAAAAAAAAUAUUCAGUGAAAUAAAUAAUAAAUAUAUUAGCAGUUAUUAGUUAUAUAAUGAAAAGGUCUCUUGAUCAUUCUUCAGGAAGUGUUAAGUAAUUAGAUGCAUCCAACUCUUCUUUCAAUUAAAAGACUGUUGGAAAGUCAAAUAAAUAUGCUCUAAAUCAUUCACCUCCAACACAUGAUAAUAAGAGCAACUCUUUCAAAGCAGCUGAUAAUUUUUUUUAAAACACAGCUUACAACAAUAAGAGUUCUGGUUAUCUGAGAUCGUCUAUGGAUGAAGAUUAAAUAAAUACUAUGAAAGAUGACUCUGAGAAUUAUUCAUCCACCCUUGAUAUUAAGCUAUUGCAAAAAGAGUUAUCUUUGACAAAAAAGAAUUUAAAAGAAGCUUAGGCAAGAGCUAAUGUACUUACUCAUAGCAAUUCGAAAUUAUAGCAUUAAAACGAUAUAUUAGAAUAGUAAGUAUAGAAGGCAGAAAAAAGAUGCAAAGAAUUGAUUGAAAAACUCUCUUCAGAACAGUUAAAAGUUAAUGAAUUAAAUUUCUUAAAUAAAUAAAUUCAGAAAGAAUUAGAUUUAUUAAGAAAUGACAACUCUGAAACAACUGAAAGAAUGAAAGGAAAUUUUGAAACUUUAAAAAAAAAGCAUGACGAAUUUGUAGAAUAAGUAACUAACAAAAACACAAAAGUCCUCAGCUAAAUAAAAAAAUGCUUUGCAGUCGUUGGAUAGAAUGACAGGCUGCAUUAAAAUAAAAAACCUGACUUUAAUCAGGAAAUCUUUCAAUAACUAAGAAAGGUUUUUAUAAAUAUUUAAAAUGUUAUAGAUGAAAAGGGCUUUGAGAUUGAAGAUGAUGAGGUAAAUAUAUUGUAAGAAAUUAAGAACAUAGCUAUGAAUAAAGACUAAGAAAAUAGUGAGCUAAAAGCAAGAUUAUAACAGUUGUAGCAAGAUUUAGAUAAAGAAUAAGCUCAUACGAAAGAGGUUCUUCCUAGAUAUAGAGAAAGUCUUGAAAAACUUAAGUAAAAUAGCAAAUUAAUGAGAGAUAAGAUAAAAGAACUUUAGGAUUCUAAAGAAUCAGAUAAGUAAGAGUAUGAAAAGAAGAUAAGAAAAAUAUAGCUUAAUUAUUAACAAUCUGAGUCUGAAAAACACCAAUUAAAGAAUGAACUGAAUAAACUAAAUAAAAUAAUCGAUGAAGAAUAAAAGGAGUCUUCUUCUUUUGUUAAAGAAGUUGGCCAUCUUAGAAAAGAAAACGGAAUUUUAAAAAAAAAGCUGGAGGAAUAUAAAGGAAUGGUUGAAGAUCAAGAACAUAUCAUAGCAGAUCUAAAAUAAGAAAUAACCUCUGUCAUUAACAAAUAGUAAAUUGAUCAAUAAAAGUUAGCUAAUGAACGAGUUCCUCAGUAAGGUUAAAGAUCUUCUUCACAUUCUCCUGUCAAUACUAAAAAAGAAAAAGACGAUUUAGACUUUUAUUUAAGUAAGAGUCCUAGCGUUUAAGAAAAAACUCGCCGUAAAAAAUUCUUCGAAGAAUCAGAUGAAGACGAAUAUUUGGAAUUAGAUGAGCAUUUAUAAAGAAAAUAAGAGUAAAUUUAUGAAGACUAAAAUUUGAACCCAAAUAUAAGAAAGCAUUAAUAAAAUUACAUUUAUCAGUAAGAUGAAAGAAAAGCUUAAAAAUAGUUUUAGUAAGAUCCGCUUUUAUCAUCAGAAGAAAGCGAAACUCCUGAAAAAAUAAACCAUCAAUACAAACAAGCUUAAAGAAUUAAAUCAAAAGAAUCUAUUUAGAAUUUUAUGACUUUUGCUGAAAGUGGUCAUACAAGUAAUAAUAAUACCCUAACCUCACACAAAUUUGAAGAUAUUUCAAAUGCUAAAUUUUUAAAUUCUUAGAGAUAGAAUAAUAAAAGCAGAGAACUGUACUCAUUUUCUUAAAGUAAAUAAACAACAGGAGGAGGUAAAAGUGAAAUUAACAUACGAGCUAAAAAGGAUAAUUACGAUCCUUAUAUUAAAGUUAACAAUUCUCUUGGCAAUGAAUACUCUUCAAAUUAUUAAGGAGACAGUAGCAGCGUGUUAAGUUAUUAAAAUAAUUAGAAAAAUAAAAAACCAAAUAAAAAUUAUAUUGAAAAUGAAAUUCAUCAACUUGAUGAAGAAAUAAAUUAAAUCAAACAAUAUUUAGCUAAUGAAUUAGAAAUAUUAAAUACAGAAUAAAAUUAAAUAUAUAGUUGA